CCGGAAGCGGGGUCACAGCUUGGAGGAGCUCUAAAGUUAAAGUGUUUAGCUCGGCUUUUUCAUAUAUCUCUAUAGAUUUUUUUUGUUGUUUAACAUAAAACGCAAAAAUGUCGACAGCUAUGAAUUUCAGCACGAAGAGUUUUAAACCUCGAGCUCCGGAUAAAGGCUCCUUCCCUCUGGAUCAUUUCGGAGAGUGUAAAGCCUUUAAAGAGAAGUUCAUGCAGUGCCUGAGGGAUAACAGCUUUGACAACUCCAAGUGCCGGAUCCAAUCCAAAGAAUACCUGGAAUGCAGGAUGGAUCAUCAACUCAUGGCCAGGGAGCCUCUGCAGAAACUGGGAUUUAAAGACUUGAUGGAUCCUCCGCCCAGUCAGGAGGAAUCCACACCCCGAUGAGGUGGACUUUCUGAAGUCAACAACCAGGAGUCUCCAUGAACUUAAAAUAUUCAACCUGAUGUUGUGAAUAAGAACACAGCCAGCGUCCAGAGUGAGCAUAAAACAGAGAGACUUCAAGGACUGAGCUUGCUGACCCUGCAGGAGGACGGCUGGUUGUAAUAUAUACCUUUCAGACUGUGAAAUGAAGUGCUGCAUAAUAACAAAGUGCUUAAAAUAAAAGGUGUGUUUGACUUUUAAAAUAAACGUUGAACUGAAAGCACUACAGCAGGUUUAAUGAGGGUUAAUGACCCUAAUGAGG